AUGGCUUUAACAAAUAACCUGAUAUUAAAACGUGAUAGUAAUAAUAAGAAAGUUAACAAUGACCAUAAUCCAGAUGACGAUGAUGGUGAACUCAGUUUAGAUGAUUUUCAAGCAUUAAGAGAGCAUGCAUUGAAACUUGGAGAACCCAUAAAUGAAUAUAUAUUGACAAAAGUCAAUGAAUUUCAAGAAGAAUCAGCUUAUCGGAGAAAAACAAAAUUAAAAUUACGUGAUAGAUAG